UUAUUUUUAUAUGUUAUUGCUGUUAUUGCAAAGUUAAUCUCUUACGUCUGCUUGGUUUGAAGGAUUCAAGGUUACAGCAUAAGAAAUGGCUCAUCCUGUGACUGUUCAGCCUGCACCGAUGAUUCCCACGGCAUUUUCUAUCCCUCGCCCUGGAGCUUGGAGCACUGAACUAUGUGACUGUUGCUCGGACAUGGGAAUCUGUGUUUGUGGAACCUUCAUUCCCUGUAUCCUGGCAUGCAAAGUGGCACAGGACUAUGGUGAGUGCUGUUGUCUGCCGUGUCUGCCGGGGACACUCCUUGCCAUUCGGACUGGUCUGAGAGAAAGAAGGAAAAUCCCGGGUAAUGUGUGUGGAGACUGGCUGAUUAUGACAUGCUGUUCCUUCUGUGCCUUGUGUCAACUGGCUCGGGAGCUGAAGGUCCAGUAUUCAGUCUGAUAAAAGCUAAAGAAACUGGCAAUGUUCUGUCUGUUCGC